UAUCUCUCGAGUGGUACCGAUCCACGACCAGAUAUACCGGUUAUAUAUGAUGAUAUUUUGGAAGGAUUGAAGGCCUCGACAACAGGAUUGCCCCUAGCCCAGCGUGAACAGAUAACCCGUCUACUGCCAUGGAUGGGGGGAUAUGAUACUCGAGAGCUUACUGAUGAUCUGGACAUGCUCAUCUGUGCGAGUGUUGAUUUGAAGAACGCGAAGUACUUAACAUCAGCCCACGAGUUAAAGGCCGCCUUGAGGCUACCGGCUUUCAUCGACGAGUGUUGGAGACACAAGCGGAGACCAAGUGAUGAACGGAAGUUCGCUCUCAAG